GAUGUAGAUGUCUCCCAUGAUUUGUUUGGAGGAUGAGAUGUCUAAAUGACUACACUUAGCCAAUUACUUUGAGAACAAACCCGAAGCAAUCACAUCGAUCUAGUAUACAUAAAAUGGCAAUGUAUAAGUUACACACAUACGGCAAAUGCAUGGUUGCGAGCACAAAACAACAAAUCCAAACAGUCCUCCAAGUGCAUCUGAACGGCAAAAGCUUAUCAACUUGGGCAAAACUCUAUCGCCAGGACGCAUCUUCCAUCGUAUUAGCCGUGGACAUUAGUCGACUGGCUAAUCGAGUAUCAAACACAUCUCAUUUCAAAACCAUUUGCAAUGGCCUCUUUGUGUACUAUCGGUUUGUGGGUACUGCUACCGCUAUCGUUUGCCUUGGUGAAUGGUAUAUUUCUAUCCAACCUGAACGCUACUUGCUUUCGAUGCAUCUGUGAAGCUUCAACUGGUUGCAGCUCGUCAACAACGUGCCGACAAUCGUAUUGUGGUCCGUUCUCAAUAUCUCGCGCCUAUUGGAUGGAUGCCGGUCGAAUGGUUCUGCCUGCUGAUGAACCUACACGUUGGGGUGCAUUUGAAGACUGCGCGAAUGACUACGACUGUGCGACGGGUAUCGUUACGCAGUACAUGGAGAAGUACGGCACCGACUGUAAUGGCGAUGGGUUAGUGGACUGUGUCGACUACACGAUGCUGCACGUUAACGGUGGACCACGCUGCCACGGAGCGCUCAGUGGAACCUUUGCUAGCCGAUUCUAUCAGUGUUUGCGACAACGUAAGCUCAGAUUUGUUGGAAAUUAAUCUAACAAAUCUAGCAUCCUCGAGCGACGUUUCGGAUUGUUAGUACUGAACGGUGAUAGAAUAAAGAAACGUACCCAUAUAUACUACUGCAGCACGUAGUACGACGCAUUCA